AUGACGGGUGUGGCAUUGAAGAAAGUCGAGUAUCGACUGCCACUACAUCCGGAGGAAUUGGUUACUAAGUUUGUUGAUGCCGUUCGUGCAGCAAGGGACGAAGGAUUGAACGUCCGCGCCGCGGUCUUCGAAACUAUCGUCAGCAUGCCUGGCGUCCGUUUCCCGUUCGAAUGGCUGGUUGAAGUAUGUCGUGCGGAAGGCGUUUUGAGUCUUAUUGACGGAGCACACGGCAUCGGCCACAUCCCGUUGGAUCUCGGGACAUUGCAACCAGACUUCUUCACCAGCAACUGCCACAAAUGGCUCUACACCCCGCGCGGCUGUGCAGUCUUGUACGUUCCCCUCCGUCACCAGCAUCUCAUCCGCACGACUCUCCCGACAUCCUGGGGGUAUAUCCCGGCUCCUGAUUCCCCGAGCACUGGGACAUCGACGAUGCAAACGGCUGGUAAUGGGAAAUCGGCGUUUGAGAGUUUGUUUGAGUUUGUAGCUACGACGGAUGAUACGCCGUACCUGUGUAUUCCGGCGGCGAUGAAAUUCCGCAGAGAAACCUGCGGCGGGGACGAGCGAAUCUUCACAUAUCUCGAAGAGCUAGCCAACGAAGCUGCUGAUAUCGUUGCGGGAGAGCUAGGAACGGAAGUCAUGCAGGAGCCCCGGAUAAAGUAUUGGAAGGAAUCCCUGCUGAGGAAGUGUGGGAUGACUACUGUCCGGUUGCCGAUUCCUAUCCAGGAUGACACAGAUCUUUCGCCUGAUGCUGGGAAGAAACGUGUUUGCAUGCCAUUGCCCGCGGAUGAAGUCCCGGGUGUUUGUCGGUGGAUGCAGGAUACACUAGUUGAUGAGUAUGACACGUUUUUGCCCAUAUUCCCGCAUGGAGGGUGGCUUUGGACAAGAUUGAGCGCGCAGGUGUAUCUGGAGAAGAAGGAUUUCGAAUGGGUGGCUCCUAUUCUGAAGGACUUGUGUGAGCGGGUUGGCAAGAAAUCUCAACCCGAAGCCAAGCUAUAG